AUGUCCUGUCCAGAUGUACAAAGCAUCCUGGGCAGUAGCAGGUAAGGGCACACAAUAAUGCUUGAUGGCAAGUCUUCGUAUUUGUGUGAAGGAACAUCUGAACUACUUUUGCAAACUAUUGCAGUACCACUGGGGUUCUUUGCGGCUAGCUAGAAUGACAUUCAAAGGUACUCUGCUGCUGAUGCCAUCACCACUUCAGGCAGGUUCAGUCUCUACCUGAAGUUUUGCUGGCAUACUUUCUUGUGAUCCUGAUGCUUCCACAUCAUGCCAUGCCUGCCAGCCAUCAAAAGACUUCUCCACUGUCCUAUCCCAGCUACAAACAUUUCUUGAUCUUUGCCUGAGAGAAAUAAAAACAAGCAAUGAGCCACCAAGAAUUCUGGAAUUCUUUCACCCUUCUCUCUGUACCUUUCACUGUUGUACUCAGUGGAUGCCCUAGAGGGUUUAUUUGUAGCACCCCGAGACUUAUUUUAGCUCAGGUCCUGCCAAACCAGUACUGUUUACAACGGUUUCUGCCCAGUGUGCAUAGAAAGUUACUGACAUUGCAGCUGAGCCAGUUCAACUAGUCGUCAUGACUCUGUCUUCAGAAUACCUGCCUUGCCUUUGAAAAUAACCUUUAAAGGGUGCUAUGUGGUGGGGACUUUCUGAGUCCCAGAAUGCACUGGAAUAAAAGGAAUGAAUGGGUCAUUUAUUAGUUAUCAUGUUGCUUCUUGUGUGCUUUUUGCAGAAGCAUCUGUUAGACUUCCAGUGAAAAGAGGCUGAAUGAAUUGUUAGGGUCAAGCUCAUUCACCUACUGUUGCGUAUCUAUUUCAUUUUCAUUUUAUAUUCUGGCUCUCAGGAAUAUGUUAUUGCAUGACAGCAAGCACUAAUUAAGCUAUCAUGCAAUGACAAUAUGAAAGUGCAUAAUUCAAACUUUGAAAGCAACUGAUAACAUUAGACUAGUCAGUGCAUUAAGGCAACAACCACAAUAUAAUCAGAAUGGAAACAACAUCACAAAUUUGAGUAGGCCAGUUAAAAUUGCUCUGAAAAAUCAGGGGCGGGGGGAACCAUGGAUAUGUUACACAACAUGACACAAUCAAGCCUGGCUUUGAUCUUGCUCUACCCUACGCCAUAUUGAUAUGAGAAUUGGAAUGAUUAUGCUAUAAACCUCAAGGGGUGCUGCAUAUAAUUUCAUUCCCUCAUGCCACCAAACACUCUGUCCUUAUAUUGUCAGACCCAGAUGAUAAAGAGAAGAGUGAGGACAGAGGGCAUGAUGACACAGAACUUCGUUCCCUUUCUUAAUGAGUUUCCAGCACAUUGAAGUUUUAGAAAACCCAAACCAUCCCACUACUAUCUUAGAUUGAACCCCUUACUCUUUGAGGCUGUGCUAAUGCGAAAGGUUUUAAACCCAUGCCUGAGACACUGAGCACAAAUGGCUUUUGAGCGUCUCGCCUUGCUUAAAGCAAUUUGUGCCUGACUAAUAAUACAAGGAAGGGCCCAAAACAGUCCAGCACCAUCUCCCGCCUGGAUUAUUUCCAAGCACAUGAAGACAGUCACUAAAGAAGUGCUGAAUGCAUCAGGGCGGUCCUCUUUCACAGCUAGAAGUCAGCAGGAUGCUCAAAUUUCUUUCUCUAAGCAAUAAAAUGUUUUUGUUUUUAAAUUUUUAAUUUGGCACUUAGAUCAAAGCCAGCACACUAGUGCUACUUCAGCCUAUUCUCAGCCCUCUAGUCUUGAGCCAGAAAAUGGUUUCUUGCAACUUCACAAAGAAAUCAUUGCUCUUCAAUGAAAGCCACACCUUCGUGUGUGUUUUGGUUUUUGGCAAGCAGGGCACCUUUCAACUCAGAUGCUUGGCAUGUUUUGAAUUCAUGAUCUGAGAUGAGUUGCAAUUUUCCUGCACGCCCACAUCAGCCAUAUCACAGGCAUAUUUGACGGCCAAAGCUGAAAAGGUGCUUAAAAAAAUACUUCUUGUGCCAAUCUUGGCUGGACAUGAUCCAGCUGGAAGGAGGAAACAAAUAACCACAGGGGGUUUGCUCACAUACCUUGCAGAGAGGAACCUGAGGUAAGCUCUAACAUGGAACUACUUCGCCCUUCAGUAUAUACAACAUUGUAUGUAAAGUGCCAACAAACGUUUAUUUCGGUGCAACUAUGCGGGGGGGGGGGGGAGGAAGUUGAGUGCCGAUCAAGAGAUUUACGGCAAAAGCAACAUGGCGGUGUAGUGAUUGUUCUAGUUAUCUAUGGGAAAGGACUGGAAAGUGUAAUUGAAUAUUUAUUUCAUUCAUUCAUUCCUUCUUAAGUGUGUAUCCUGCCCUUCCUCACAAAGAGGCCCAGGGUGGCAAAGUACAGGUGACAAAGCAAUAAAAACAUAUUAAAAACAAUUCCAAUACGGAUGUGGACUGGUAAGGAUCUCAAUUUAAAAGGCAUUUUGAAAGAGGAAGGUUUUCAGUAGACAUCCAAAAGACAACAGACACGCCACCUUUCUAAUAUUGAAGGGGGAUUCGAAAAGUAGGUGGCAAAACCCUAAAGACGCAGUUCCUGCACUGCCUAUUGACAUCACGGCACCCUUUCGGCACCUGCUAAAAGCAUUUUUAUUUGGCAAACCCAUCAAGACAUGUAGAAGUCGACAUGUAUUUUACAUCUGGUUUUAGCUUACCGUAUUUUUCACUCUAUAGGACGCACUUUUUCCCCUCCAAAAAUGAAGGGGAAAUGUGUGUGCGUCCUAUGGAGCGAAUGCAGGUUCCUUGGCUUCGCGGCGACGCGCCUGUCCUGGAAGCCGGAGGAGGAACAGAAGAGUCUCCUUCUGUUCCGUCUCCAGCUUCGCUGAAGGGGCGCUGCACCUUCUCCCUCUCUGCACAGCACCUCUCCUGUGAAGGAGAGGCACUGCGCAGAGAGAGAGAAGGCGUAGCGCCCCUUGAGUGACGCGCCUGUCAUGCGAAGCCGGAGGAGGAACAGAAGGGACUCCUUCUGUUCCUCCUCCCGCUUCGCAGCGACGCGCCUGUCCAGCGAAGCCCGAGGAGGAACAGAAGGGUCUCCUUCUGUUCCUUCUCCAGCUUCGCUGAAGGGGCGCUGCGCCUUCUCCCUCUCUGCGCAGCGCCUCUCCUGUGAAGGAGAGGCGCUGCGCAGAGAGAGAGAGAAGGCGCAGCGCCCCUUGAGCAACGCGCCUAUCAAGCGAAGCCGGAGGAGGAACAGAAGGGUCUCCUGUUCCUCCUCCCGCUUGGCAGCGACGCGCCUGUCCUGGAAGCCGGAGAAGGAACAGAAGGGUCUCCUUCUGUUCCUUCUCCAGCUUCGCUGAAGGGUGCUGCGCCUUCUCCCUCUCUGCGCAGCACGUCUCCUGGGAAGGAGAGGCGCUGCGCAGAGAGAGAGAAGGCGUAGCGCCCCUUGAGCGACGCGCCUGUCCUGGCUUCUGCUUUAGCCCUGCGCAGCCUCUUUGGGCAGGGGGAGCCUUCAUCCCACUGCCCUGAGGAGGCUUGGCGCGGUUACCCCAGAAGCCGGAACAGCCACACGGUAUCCCAGAAGCCAGAUCCCUCUUGCUGUUCUGGCUUCUGGGGUUCAGAAUAAUUUUUUCUUGUUUUCCGCCUCCCAUAACUAGGUGCGCCCUAUGGUCCGGUGCGCCCUAUGGUGCGAAAAAUACGGUAACUGUUGAUAUUAAUUAUAUGUUGAAUUUUUAUUAUGUUUAAUUUUGCCUUUUGUUGACAAUUUUAACGUUUGUUGGUUUUGUUGGAGGUUUUGAGUCAUGGCUGGCCAAGUUUUAUUCAGAGUAGACCCACUGAAAUUAAUGGACCAAACCCUUAAUUUAGCUGGGUCUGCUCUGAACUGGGUCUGCUAUGAUUAAAUCUUAGUGGAAUACCACUCUUUAUUACCCACAGGCAAGUGGGACAUGUGUUCUGUUGAAUAAUGAAUGAUUUAAAUAGAUAAUUUCCCACAAUAACCUGGUAAAGUAGGCCAGGCUGAGAGACAGUGACUUGUCCAGGAUCACCCAACAAGUUCCAUGGGCGGGUGGAGGGGAUUUGAACUUAACCUGGUGCAAAUGGAAAUCAUUUUUCUUUAGGAAUUAAUUGGGAAAUUUUCCUUUUGUCGAAAGGAAUCAGUGGUAGAUCUAAAUAGCGAGGGUGCAGCAUGGAUUGGACAGCAGCCACACAGAUGGACCGCCUGAUCCUGUGUGCUAGCAAUGAGCAAAGCUACUUUUGAUGUAGUAACUACAGGCACACAUGUUAUUUCCCAGAUGUAGAUUGUAUUUGGGGUAGGGAAUUGCAGUGUACGAAAUGUCUGUCAGAAAUGGUGUGAAUAGAACUGGGUCUGCCUCUGCUUGUUCAGAAGCACAUUCUUCAGAGUACCAGGGUGGGGUCUCCCACUCCUUCCCUCUGGGCUUUUUUUUUUACUCAUUCAGUCCUAAACUGGUUUUUCUAGUCCUUUUUUUUUUUUUAGGCAAGUUUCCAUCUCGGCUCUUAAUCACCUGCAGCUCAGGGAGGAGCCACCCAGGUUCUGCUUUUAACAAUCUGCAGACUUUCUCAUCCUCUCCUGUCAUACCAUCUCCACAGACAACCUCAGGCAGAGGCAGCUGCUGGAACGCACCCACCCCUUUCUUCAACAGCCUUCCAGACAGCGAGAGAGAGGGGAGCUUCAGCCGCCGCCGAGAUGUUCAAAGGGGUGGGCAAAGGCUCGCCAAGCAGAAGCUCCCCGAGCAAAGGGUCCCCGAUCAAGCAGCCCAAGUAAGUAGUUCAAAAGUCUGUGGUUUUGGCAGAAGUGGGGAGAGUGCCAUGGACACCAGGAGGCCACCUCUGAACAAGCAAGGUGUCUUACAAGUAAAGGGGGGGAAAUGAACAUUGUUUGCCUAAGGGAAGGUCCAAAAGAAUAAGUGGCCUGUGGGCAGCUGCCUCUAUCCAUUCACUUGGUUGGGAGUAAACAUUGAACUCUGAGGUACUUUUCUUUUGAGCAGACACACCAAGUGUUCUGCUGCAAAAGCUAUACUGGCUUCUCUUCUCCACAGGAGGCUUCCUCCUCCUCAGCCUGGCAAAUGCUUCUGAAUAUCUGUGUACAAGUGAGAAGGUGAAAAUCCCUAUUUAUUGAGACUAGUUACGAAAAAUAUGGUUUGGCUUGGGAGCAUACCUAAAAGCUCAACAUCUGGUGGUAUUCCCAGCACAAGUGACCCACAGUUUUUUGAGACAUCUCUGUCUCCUAUUGCGACAAUUGGGAAUUGUCUCAAUAGGAGACCAAGAUGUCUCAAAGUGUCUGAAAGUGCCACAAGACUUUUCGUUGCCCUAGCUCUGUUUCCCUGCUUGAUCUUUUUCUUCCUGUAGUGGGAUGGAAAUUGUGGUGCUCUCUUGCAUCCCACUGCCAUUGGGAUUCUUAAAAGACAAGGUAGCCUUCAAAGGGGCACAGCUGCCCUUGCUCCGUGGUGGCCAAGCGUGGGAGGCUGACAGCUAAACAUUUUCCAUUGGCUGCCAGAUUUCCCUUCUCCCUCUUGGAAGGGUGUGAUUCCUCUUGCAGGUAUAAUGCAUACAAGGCACCGUUCAAGGCAGUGAAACACCUAACUGGCCAAAGCAGGAGAGCCCAAUAAGUCAAGUUAGCAGAGGGUAGAAUAAUACUGGAGAAGGAGAAGUUCAUACAACCCAAUUAUCCUUGCUUGUUAAGGGCAGUGCUUUUUUUCAGGUGCUUCUCAAGGGUCCGCAGUUCUGACACCUCUAGAGGUUGCUGUUGUUGUUAAAAAAUUACCCUAGUUAAAGGUAAUCUGUUUUCUUGUCCAUGUCCAUGGCUAAUCACUUCCUCUAUUUUGAUAAAUUUUUACCUUUUGCAGAUGCCUUUUUUGAAUGUUUAUGUGAGUUGCUAGAACAGUAAUUAUUUAGGGUUCAGAGUGGGGAAGGGAUGCAUCUUUUCUAUCAGGGCAACCUGUGGUAAAUGCCUGUGCAACAGACAUUAAGGUAUGCAGGCUGCCAUUUUGCACCCGCUGCAAAAUGGUCCAUUCCCUCCUGUUUCACUUUCUACUCCAAUGUGGUGCCCUCCAGAUGUUAUGGCUUCAUGCAAUUCCCUUUCCUUCAGAGGCAGAUGGAGUCCUUAGGCUCCAUGCAAAGCUUCUUUAACUUAAGAACAAUCUUCUCUGUCGGCUGCUUACUCUCUUCUCCUUAUAUGCCCAACCGGGAUUUUGUUGUUGAGCAGCUGCUGCCAUUUGAAAGGUUUGUACAUGCUGCAGGUUAGUAGCAUGAGUGUGAUGAUUUUUCCAGGGAGGUAUCCGCUGAUAAUGUUGUCUUAGGGAUUGAUUCAUGUCCUUUUUUAGUUUGUGUUCCUCCUGAUUGGAUUGCGCACAUGGUGUAAGCCAGAGAAUGGUCUGAGGGCACACAAUGUUGUCACACUGUUAAAGCAAAGUGGGCCUCAGACUGAUCUGCUAACUCUCUGUCUUGGCUUUCCAAAAGAGAAUAUACAUGAAAGAAAUCUGAAACCAUCAUAGUAUUUCUGUGCAUCCCACAAUCAAGCUGCACUAAGAGUGUUUGAGGUAGCAUAACGCAAUAAUUCAGAUUAUGCAUAGUUUGCCUUAUGGAGAGCUUCAGCCACAUGGCUAGCAGUGGGGGAUGCCUGAAUGUUUGGAGGAGUCCUGUGAAUAGCUGCAGUAGGGAAUAAAUACGCCUCAUUGAUAGAAGGCCAUGGGAAGCUGCCUGAUAAUGAGUCAAACCGUUGUUCCAUCUAUUCCAAUAGUGUCUGCUACAACUGGCAGUAGCUCUUCAGGGUCUUCUUCAUCUCCUGGAACUUGGUCAUUUCUUACAAAAUGGAAAUGCCAGAGAUUGAACCCGGAACAUUCUGCGUGCAAAACUAGGGAUGUAAGGAGGCAGCAAUUUCCAUCCCAUCCUCAGUUUGGCUUCAUAUAUUCUUCUAUGCUCAAAACAUAGGCAAUGAAAUAAACAGUCAAUUUCUGUACAUUUCAAUGGAAGGGAAUCAUUAAAAAAAAAUAUGCAGAGAAUAAUGUAACCAUUAAGGUAACAUUUGCAGACUUGGGAGUGGGGAGGGAAUCACUGAUGAAGAAUGUUGCUUGCAUUCAUUUGUGUGAUUUCUGAUCCUAACCAUUGAUGAACAUUCACAAUGAGAGAAUUUCCAAUCCUGCUUCUCUUUCUGAUGAAAUUUUGCAUCCCUAUGCAAAACCCAUGGUCCGCUGUUGAAUUAUCUAACCACUCCUCAAAAGAAGCCAUGGAAAUAUUAUCAGUUUGCAUCAUUUAUAGAUGUCAUGAUCAGUAUUUCUGAAUAUGGUGCUUUUACCCUAGUAGGCGUCACUCAUACUUAUUCUAGCAGUUGAGGCACAGACCCAUGGUGUUCCACUGAGUUGUGAUGUCACCCUUUAAAGACAAAUGCUGUCCCUUGAAAAAAAUCUAUAUACUCCAGGCUUGACUCUAUUUGAACUGAUAGGGAGACAGAUAUUGCUGAUGGCUAGAGUUUUUCUAUCAACUCAGUGCACACUGGAAUCAUUGUUCAUUCAUUUGUAAAGUCUUAAUUUUCUCCAUAGAUGAUUGCUAAGAAUACAAUAAAAUCUUCUUGGCUUUGGUUUUGUCAUCAGCUUGACUUUUAAAAUUAGCUUUGGUUGCCCAAAGCAAAAAAUAAAUAGCCAAGACAGGUUGAUAUUUUAGACGGCAGGUGUUCGAUAGGAAUCCAAAACGAAAUGAUUUUGCUGGUUCAAAAAGUCAGGGCAGUAUGUCCAAGAUCUGUCUAAUGCUUAGUGACUUCCAAAUGCCUCAUAAAUAUUAACUCAAUUAAGCCUGCCCUUAUUCUUCCCUAUUUGACAGUCUAUUCAUGAUGAUACCCAGUGUCAGUCAUAUUCUUGAGUAUGACUUAAUUGGACAUCACCCAUAGCUGAGACAAGCUGAAUCAUUGUGCCCUGUCAUGGCUCCUAGAUUGCUUGAUCUUUUCACCUAAGAAUAAGGAAGAAAUGAAUGCUGUCAUUUAUAGGAACUGAGGCUUCUAAUAAUCUUCCAGCUCCUGACACAAUCACUACAACAUUCAGUUUGUGGAGCUUGUAUUUUAUUAAUGUCACCAAGCCUGUAUUCACAUCCGUAGCCCAUGCAACUUUUCUGCCUAAUAACCUUUUGGUGCAUUGCAAAUUUGCACCGUCACCUGAAUGCAAAAGUGAUUGCAUUGGUAGCUAGCAUGGAAGAGCUUGUUUGUGAUUCUUAAAGCUGUUGUGAGGUGGAGUUGAGAAUAAACACAUGAACAAUUAUUGUGCAGGUGACCUGUUGUGGGCUGGGGUGUGAUGCUGGCAGAUUAUGGCUAUUGUUGUUUCCAGUGGUUUGACAUCACCCCUGGAGGCAUACUCCAUUGUCUCUCGAGACAGUUGUAUGCCAACAUUUAUUGUGGCAUGGAAAGGUGAAGUCACACAUACAAAUUCUAAUGAGGUGUCAUCAUUUCUGAAAACAGUUGACAGCUAUUUCUGGAUUUCUUCCCUUUUUUGGUACAGAUUAAACUUGAAUGAGUUAGAGCAAGAAAGUUAGGAGGCUCAUGGGUGUGCAGAAGUUGUUAGUAAGUUGUAUUGAUUUAGAAGCUAAUUGAUUUUUAUUUUUAAAGGGGGGAUUUCUAGGUUCAUUUCUGAGCCAAUCCAGUGAAGACAGCAUCAGGGCUGCUUGCACAUUUCUAGACUUGAAAGCCCUAAAUUUAUGGUCAUGGAAGAAACCACUUGGUUCACAUUAUUACAGAGGAAUAUAUACAUAUGGAUGGCAUGGUCUAACAGAAUUUGUUCAACCCAACCAUUUUUUUUCCUGGGGAGAGUAUCAGAAUAACAAAAUAUUUCAGGUCAAGGAAUCUAGGUGAAAUAUACACCUAGUUCUUAAACUCAGUUCUUAACUCAGAAAAUGAAAUUGAUGUUCUUUUGAAAAAUCGAGUAGUUCCAGGUGUCAGCUAGCUCCUCUUUCAUUGGAUGUCACCAGUGUGGCAAGCCAUUCCGCACUCUGAAGUCCCUUCCACUAGGGACUUCAGAGUACAUUUUAUCUUUUUAUUUUAAUAGCUGCCUUAUGUUUUCCUGUUGGGGAAAAAAGGACAGUAGAGAAACUAUUAAUAAAGCAGAAUGACAAGCCUAGAAUUAGGCAUAGAAAACAACAUAGUAUAAAUGGAUGUCAUCUAGGCCUUGAAUUUUGGUCUGUAUCAGAGAGUAUUUAUGAAGCGUCUUUACCUUUAUAAAAGAGUAUCACAUACUUAAUUUUAAAAAUCCUGCUCAGAAGUAUAAUGUUAUUUGAGAGAGAGGGUGCAUAGGUAGCAUUUGGUUAACUAAAGAUACCAUAUUUUUCUGUGUAUAAGACAACCACUAUUUUUUUGAACCCUAAAUUAAGAAAUCAGUAUUUUUUGGUUGCCAAAGUUGUUGAGCUUUUCUGGGGCAAUCUUGGAGUUGUUGAUCACCCUGCCGAAAACCGUGUAUAAGACGACCCCCCGUUUUUUACUCAAAAAAUUAAGGGGGGAAAAACCAUUGUCUUUCAUACACAGAAAAAUACGGCAAGAAAAGCCAAGAUACUUCUUAUAUUAAACACAAAAAGCUGUGGGGUGGUAGUUUCAGAAAUGAAGGUAACUGCUGACCUAACCUGGAUGAUCACCAAGCACGCUUAAUAAAGCCAAUUAGAGAGAAUCAUCAGUGAAUUACCAUGAAGACAGUUACACAGAGGCAAGCACAGAAUAUGUAUUUGUUCUGGAGAAAGUUGUUACCAGACUUAGGAUUUAAUAAUCACAUUGCGCUCAUGCCUCUUAAGAGGUCAAGGCAAUGAACACGAUUAAAAGGUUCACUUUGAAGGAAACCCUUUGAUAUAAGUUUGGUGAUGGAUCAAUUUGCUACAUGGGUUUUGCUAAGGCUGUGAAUCUAGGAAGGUAGAUGGUUGUUGGGAUAACUUUAGUAUGCGUGGGAACAUCUUUUGUGGUGUACUCUCACACGCAGAGGGCAACAUGAAGUUUGAGCAGCCACCCCUACCCACAGCAGAGUGACUUUCAUGAACCUCCCCUAGCAUGAGUCUGGGUCAAGCCUGCCAUGUUAAAUCUCCCACAGUGCCCCAGAGCAUUUGACAUAGCAUUGAUGAAUGACAUUCUCUGGGGCACUGUGGGAAAUGUUGGGCAGGAAGCCCAAAACAGGAGGCAGAGUCAAAAACAGUGCGCCGUGAAAAGGUGCUAGAUGCUAUCGCCAGUCCUGAGAAUUUCUAAACAAGCAUCACAUGGCAAAAUGCAAAUAGACAACAAGGAAGAGUUCCAUGAGCCACAAGCUUCUCGUUCCAGCUGAUCUUUGGUUCUUGGAUUAGUCUGUUUUAUCAGAAAGGUGGGUCACCAAAACACCUUGAGUUUCAAUACUUUGUGGUUUCUUGCCAUACAUAUCAUACCAUAAAUUGCAAAGUAUGAGCAAAGCUGUCUGAUACGUUGAGUUUCCCUUGACUAGGCCUGUUGGCCAAGGUGCAGAAAGAGAACUCAGAAAAGCAAAUACCUUUCUAGGGCUGUCUCAACAUGUCAGGGAGGCCACAUGGGUAAUGACUAAUAUUCCUUCUCGUUUGGCAGAAAGCAACAGUUGAAGUUCUGGGUGGUGUCCAAGUGUUUGCCGUCAACGGCUCCUCCUCAUUCCAGGGAUGGGGAGCCAGUGGGGCAUCAGCAAGAGGCAAGCGACUUGUGCAAUUGACAUGAGAAAGGUUAAACCAGUUUCUGCAUUCAAACUGGUAGGACUAGUGAUCCCUGAGGAAAACGGGAGCCUGGUUGUGUGUGUGCCCUCUCUCACCAAACAUUACCACCCACCUUCUUUGACAGUGACAGAGAAUAAAGUUUCGCACAGGAACAAUUGGUUGCAUCCAGUUGUGUGUGCGGAACAACUUCUGCUCGUGUAACAAAAUGUCUCCUCCCUCUCCUCUCCCCACACUCCACAUCUGCUCUAGGGGUUUUCACAACCCUCCACAGCAGAUCUGGAGGCAGAGCAAAGAGGAGGAGAGGGAGUGGAAGUUCUGUUGGGCUCAUGGAAGCCAUUGCAUGUGCUCAGUGACUUAGCUUAGAUUCAAUCUGACAUAUAUUGCUGUUUCGAGUGCUAAGAAAAUGUGACAUUCCUGAAACAGAAAAACCCCCUUGAAAGGAUCUAGAUCUAUCUAUAUCUAUCUAUCUAUCUAUCUAUCUAUCUAUCAUCUAUCUAUCUAUCUAUCUAUCUAUCAUCUAUCAUCUAUCCAUAUAAUAAUUAAAUAUUUCUAUAGCAGUCCAUCAAUAAAAAUUCCCUGUGCAUCCUACAAACAAAACAAGAUUAUGAUUACAGCAUGUAAUAGUUUUUAAAAUCCCACAAUAAAACAACACCUCGCUUUCUUUACAGUAACUGUUUGCAAUAAUACCACAAACAGUUUACAGCCUACACUAAAUUACACUAGGCCACAAUUGUCCAAGCUUAAUUUAAAAGGAAAAUUACUAAGGUGGAACAGAGAGAGAGAGAGAGUGAUGAUCCACCAUAAGAAGUGAGGAUGACUCAACAUGCAUAAUCACUUUUUCACUCCAUUUCACUUCACUAAUUUAUUCUAGCCUUUGUUGCUGCUCUAGAAAAGCAGGAUUAACAGAUCACAGAGCCUAAAUUGAAACUAAACUUGGAAACCACUCAACAUUUUAACUGAAGUGGUAUAGAGCCCUUCAUGGACUUCUCCAAGGCAUCUAAAGUUUUAGCACUCUAAUUUCUUCUUUCGCCAUUGAUUUAUGCUAGCAGUAAUGAUAGGGUGUGUCUGAAGACAUAGGGUUUGUGAAAACUGAAUACUUCUGAUGGUAUAUACCUCUGUCAUUUUUCUGCAACAAAGGACAGCUGUUUCUCAGACAUUCAUUACAUCAGCUCAUUUUUAUUGCUACGCUUUCCUGCAUGGACACACUUAUUUUCUGUUGAUUAAUCUGAAAUAAACCAGUUUAUUUUGAUUUUGGCUUACAAUCCCACAGUACAGGAGACAAAAAGCAUGUGCUUAAAUGCAUAUACAUGUGUCACAGAGCCUUGACCAAUUGCUAGCUUCUGGGUGAAUUAAUACAAUCCUUAGCUUCAGAUACUUCUUUUCAGAGUUUAUGCUGCCAUUUUUAAUCUGUGCAUGCUAAAGACAUAGCAUUGUGUGUUAGCAGGGAUGGAGGAGAAUUUUGUUCAAGCUUGCAUUUUAAGGAGAAACUGCUUAAUUCAUACUACUUGAACAAAUACGCGAACCAAAACACAGCUAACCUUUGAAAAGUUGCACUUGUAUGAAUUUUACAAUGCCAUUCUCCAGCAAAAAUUUGUAGAGAAAUGCAUAUACACAAAAAUGUGUAUAUUAGUGAAGAUCACAUACAAGAAAUAUAUAAUAUUUGGGGAAAUCGCUUACAAAAAAAUGUAUAUUGGAUGCAUUUAUAUACAAAUAUAUUAUAUGCUGGUGGAAAUGUAUAAAAUGCAUACAAAUAUUUGUGUGUGUGUGUGUAAAAUUAUGUCAACUGUAUUUAAGGUUGGGAAAAUGAGUUUUCCUUUCCAGUUUUUUAAAAAAAAGAAAAACACAAAAUACCCUCCAGAUAUUCACUGAAUAAUAUUUACCAAAUAUACUUGUAACCAGCAUUCAGUUGUAACCAGCCGUUAUAUUUUGCAGCGUCGAUAUGCAACACAGUACAGUGUUAGUUACCAGCAUGGGCAACUGAUAUGUAAUGGUACAGUGGCUAUCAAGCGUCCUACCUUCAAGGAACACUUUCUACUUUGGCACCUGCCAAGGAAUCUCUGUGUGCCACAACAUUCUUGUGGAGGAACCCUGAAAAUGAUUCUGAAAAUGAUUCUGGUUAUCAGGUUCAUACACACUCAGUUCACUCACAAGGGCAAUGUUGAGUCCCACAAGAACACACUGUGCGCCCAUAUAACAUACUCAUUCUCUUGUGGUUGUUCUUCUCACAGAAGAGUAUUGCUAAACUCUCUGUCCAUGACACAAUGUGGAGACUAGAGACAGGAAGAGCUGACGGUUAAUGAUAUCAAAGGGGAGCUGUUCUCCCUUUUGAUUUCAAUCAUGGGGUGGUAAAAAGUCAGGUUUGAAAUCACCUUCAAUGCCAAUAUUCAGGGGCUGAUGGAGAAUCAGGCAUCAAGGCAUGGCUCAGGAAUGGGGUUUAAAGUGAAGGAAUAGGAGACAGUUGAAGUGAGCUCCCCAGAAGAGAGUUUGAAAACCACUGGUUGUUUGUGAUAUUUGACAGCAUUUGAUAGUUGGCAUGCAAUAGUAUUUAUUAUUCAAAAGCUGUCAUGUAAUGGUAUUUUUAUCUUGUAACAUUUGAAUGAUAGGUAUAUAGUAUAUUUGUGAAUAAUGAUUUCCAUUCAAAGUGUGAAUACAAAGCUUUGGUAACCAAAAAGUAUAUUUAGUAGGUUCUUUUAAAAAAACCACAUAGGAUGAUAGAUGCUUCUGAUAGAUAACAAGUAUCUCUUCUCAGAGACAAAUAGUUUUAUUUUCCAUUAGAAUGACUCCCUAUAAUAUUAUAGUCUGCAAUGUCAUUCACUGCAGUUUUUAUACUUUACUUAUUACUGAGGGGAGAAAGAAAUCAACUAUUGCUCUUUUCAACAUAUAACGUAACACACCCUAGGUGGUUCUCAAGAAGUCACUAGGAAGUCAUCAAUGGGUCAAGCAAACAUUGUGUCUGGAUUGUCAGGCUGUUGACAAUCCACAGUAUUAAUUUGUGGUUAUAGGAGUGUAUGAAGAAGGCAAUUUCUUAGUCUGGGCUGGUGGAGAAUUGUGGAGAAGGAUUGUUGGACAGAACUGGAAAGACUUGUGAAGAAGAAACAGUCGACUGAAGUUGCAGGACAUUAGCAACUUUGGACUUUGGAUGUGCAAUGACUUUGAAAGCUAAAAACCCUCUCUAGGCUCAGAGAAAGACGCCUUCUUGUAGCAGCUGUGUAUAAUAUGUAUAUAGUGUGUUUUGUGUUUACCAAGUAAAACAACCUCUGCUACAUUUUGUCUGCUAUGGGAAGCUAAAUCGCUUUGCUGAACUUCUGACUACGCGCAGUCACCCAGAAGAUUACUGGGCACAAACACUCCAAAAUGCAUCUCACUUCUACAUUACAUCAGCAAUAAAGUUAGGCACUCUUUCUCAACAGCAGACUUGGAUCUGUUUCAUUCCUAUUGGCCUGGGAGGGCCUCCUUGUGAGCUGGAGGCGCAGCAAGGCUUUGUUGAGGCUGCUCAGCUGAUACACAGAAAAGCCACUAGGACUCCCCAUUUAUGUGCAUUUCAUUUAUGGGGGGGGCGGUCCAGAAGGUAAGUGGAGAGUCACCUGUAUUUGGCAAUUACAUAAUGAUUAAUCGGGCCAUGACUCAAAUGAAAACUUUGAGCAAACUACUGUAAUUUGUAUGCACCUGAUUUCUCUGUUCUUGUCCUCAGAUCCUCAAGCACAAAUGACUUGGCUGUGCUCAUCUCUCGCAUGCAAAAAAAUGCUGACCAGGUGGAAAAGGACAUCCUUGAAACACAAAACAAACUUAAGCAGGUAAAUUUGGGGGCUUGAUAUGAGACCCACACUAUGUGCUAGAGAUGAAGGGGUAUUGGAGAAAGCCCUGAAUAGAGCAUUAAAACCCUGAAGAUUCAGCUGCACACCCAAUGUCUAGGUGGUGUGCAAGAGCUUAAUACAUCAUUUUGUCUCCAACCCAAUGCCUUCGGGAAGUAUCAUCUGCUAUUGUUCCCUCAGCAUGCUAAGUCUAUCCUUCACGAAUUUGUCUCACCUAUUUUUCGAAUCCUCUAAGCUAGAGGCUACCAGUGUAUAUUUUGGCAGUGAUUUCUGUAAAUUAAUGAUUAUGCACUGCCUGAUGAAAAACACUUUCCUCAAGUUUGUGAAAAUACCGAGAGCUGCCUGUUUGUACUCAAGAGUAAGAUUUGGCUUCAUGAUUCACAGCCACUUCCUACCAUCUCUGAUGGAUAAUGGCAUUUAUGCACCAACACUUUUUUUGAUUACAGGACAGCAGUUACCGCCAGCAGAACAAGCCUUUUGAGUUCCAGCAGGAGAAUGCCAAAAACCUGAAAGAGGCCGAGGUGCUACUGAAGGACCUCUUCCUAGAUGUGGACAAAGUCAAACGUCUGAAGCACCCUCAGGCCUUGGAAAUUGAAAAAGAGUGAGUUUGUAAUGCUUCUAUUUGUUUGCAACCCUUCUGAACUAAAUUUUAAUAAUAAUAAUAAUAAUAAUAAUAAUUUUUUAUAUAUAUACCCCACCCUCCCCUGCCAGAGCCGGGCUCAGGGCGGCUAACACCAGUAAAAUUACAAUAAAAACAUAAUGGGGGGGGACCAAUUUAAAAUAUGGGUCAAAAUACAAUUUAAAAUGCAGCCUCAUUUUAAUAGUAGCUCACAGAUCAAAACCAUAAGGGGAGGGAAACAUAGGGGUCAGACUGAGUCCAAACCAAAGGCCAGGCGGAACGGCUCUGUCUUGCAGGCCCUGUGGAAAGAUGUCAAGUCCCGCAGGGCCCUAGUCUCUUGUGACAGAGCGUUCCAACAAGUCGGGGCCAGUACUGAAAAGGCCCUGGCCCUAGUUGCAUGGUGACUAGGGAUGAGGCACAAAUUAGAUUCAGUUUGCAUUUUAAGGUGAAUCUUCCAAAUCUGCACCUUCCAAAACAAUGUACAGACUGAAAUUCAACCAUGCCUGGAUAGCUCAGUUGGCAAGAACAUGGUGCUGAUAAUCCCAAGGUUGCAGGUUUGAUACCCAUUUGGGACACCUGUAUAUUCCUGUAUUGCAGGGGGUUGGAAAUGAUGAUCCUCAGGCUCCCUUCCAACUUUACAAUUCUAUUAUUCAAAAUUUGUACUUCUCUGAAUUUUGCAGUGUGGUUCCCCAACCCAAGAUAUGUGUACAAAAAUGCAUGUACUAGGGUAAAGUUGCUCAGAAAUGCAUAAAGCAGCAGAGAAAUUAAUUAGGGUAAAUGUAAAUAUAUGGGGAAAUAUGCUUUAGAAAGAUAUAUGUACAGUGGUACCUCAGGUUAAGUACUUAAUUUGUUCUUAACCUGAAACUGUUCUUAACCUGGAGCACCACUUUAGCUAAUGGGGCCUCCUGCUGCUGCUGCGCCGCCGGAGCACGAUUUCUGUUCUCAUCCUGAAGCAAAGUUCUUAACCCGAGGUACUAUUUCUGGAUUAGUGGAGUCUGUAACCUGAAGCGUAUGUAACCCGAGGUAUCACUGUAUAUUAGGCAAAUGUGUAUACAAAAAUGUGUAUAUUAGGAGGAGUCUACACUAAAAUGGAAGUCUGAUAAACUUAAAUUGACAGAUUCUCCCAUCCCUAAUGGUAACCCAUGUGGCUGACUGACAUCAAUAGGUGAUAAACUCCAGACCAAACCUUUCAUUGUGGUCCUGGUCAAAUCUUCCUUAGGUUGGGAGACCUAAUUUCUAACAGAGAAACUUCCUUCUUUCUUGCAAAGCAUCAAGCAGCUGCACGGCCGAGUGACACACCAAUGUGCCGAAUAUCGAGAUCUGUAUGAAAAGUUUACACUUCCUGAAGCUGGUUCCAAAGUGGACUGGGGGAAAAUUCUAGAACAAAAGCAGGUAAAGGUUGCUAACUGGAUACAGUGGUAUUUGAUUUGAGCAAGCAGAUUUGCUAAUAAAGGUGAACAUUAAUUCCACUAAGGAAAACAAAAGGCAUGAUUCAAGAAGUUAUGUUCAUGAGGAUUUUAUUUUUAUUUAUUAAAUGUCUAUACCGCCUUUCAUCCAAAGAUUCAUGGGGCAGUUAACUAUAUAAAAACACAAAAAUACAUAACAUAGUAACAAACAAAAGCAAUAACCUCCCCUGGCUCAAUCAUUGAUAGCAGAUGAGACCAUCUUCAGAUAUGGCCCAGUAUACAACUUGAUGGGAAUUCAACCUGGUCAUCAUGAUAAUCAUAGUAGCUAUGGUUUGGAUCGCAACCUUAGGCCCUCUUGUCACUGCCAUCAUUGAAGGAACUAUAGCAGAAGGGGGUUUGUUUGGAUUGUUAAAUGCAGUUUCUUUGCAGUAAACCUGAGAAAGUUUUUUUAAUGUUGCAAAUAUCUUAAAGCAACCCGGAAGAUGCAGCUGCUUUAAUAGUGCCUUUGAAAUAAAUACCCCAGGCUUGUAGUCAAGAUGAACUGGCAGCUGUUUUGCUACUGAACAUACCCUUUGCCACAGACCUGCUUUCAACUACUGGCACUAGACCUGAGCUUUUAGAAUGGAGGGUUGCCUUGUCAUCACUAUAGCUCUUUGGUGUCCAGCUGGGCAGGGCAUAAAUAAUAAUACUUUGUUGAUAAUGUUGUUGUUGAUGAUUAUGAUGAUCUACCAGCAGGUGAAACAGGGUUCCUUAGUGCACAACCGACUUCUUCCUCCCCUGACUCAGGGGGAGUCAAAUUCCCUGUUUGGAUAAUGAUCCAGUCUAUGCUUCCCUCCACAUCUCCUAUUUACUCUAUGGGCCCCUAAUAAAGUCUGUGAGGAAGACAACACACACACACACACACACACUUCUCUUCUCUGGUGUCCUAGCUAUGGGCAGAGUAAUGGCUGGAGGCAUUUGCAUUGCAGAGCUAGAAGAUAUUUUGGCUGCUGCCAGCCACACUGUUGUCUUGGAUGUAAGCCUACUCAGCUGUUUCUUCUCUGCAUGAACCUUAACUCUCCUCCUGCCCUGCUUCCUUGUAAAAUCAACAGCUAAGGCUGUGUACACACUAUACCUUUAAAGCACAUUCAAAGCAUGUUUCUCCCAUAAAGGAAUUCUAUGCACUGUAUUUUACCCCUCAGAGUUACAAUUCCCAGUAUGCCUUAACAAACUACAGUGCCCAGAAUUCUUUGAGGGGGGAAAUGUGCUUUAAAUGUGUUUUAAAGGUAUAUUGUGUACACAGCCUAAGGUCCUCCUGAAUCAAAGGAUUCUCCUCUGUCUGAAAAGCUUCAUGGCAGAAAAAAGUUUAUCGGGGGGGGGCAGUUUUACCAAUAAUGGUUUUGUGCUGGUAAAACCACCAGGCCUUUUGAACCUGUCCUGAGAACCUCUGCCUCCCCUCUUCUGUUUUCUCCUGCUCUGUUGUUCUGGUGCUCAGUAACCUCCAACAUCACAAGGUAAGGGGGUCCUUAUUGCUGGCAGCUACCAUGAGGAACAGAUCUUGGCGUAGGAGGUUAGAGGAAUGGACUGGUCUUUCUCAGUUGGGUAACCCUUAAAGUGCUCUUACUGGCUUUGUUGCAGAAAGAAAUCGAUGCAGGGAAAUAUGGACCUACUAUGCCAGAGCUGGAGAAACAGGUAGCAGAACACAACAUCCUUCAGAAGGAAAUUGAAGCAUAUGGACUCCAGAUCAAGAACCUUCAUAGUCCGGUAAAAUUGCAUAUUUCAUCUACCUUUCCAACUCUGUUGAUAGACCCCAUUGUGUGCCCCCAGAAUGUCUUCAGUAGGGUUCCCUCAACCCUGCAAUACAGAUUCCGAGGUUGUAUAGAGUUUUGCAGAUAUUACUAUUGUGCAGCUGGAAGCAACUGGGUGCAUAAAAACUGACUCCUUUUGAAAUGAAACAUGGUCCAGACCCAUUAGAUAUUAUUCAAAACUUUACUUGCAGAACUUUCUUCAAAACAGAACAAAAACAUCAGUGAUACAUCCAAGUAAUUCCAUACAAUAUCUUGCGCUGUCCAGCACAGGCUCAGCAUCUUAUAAAUAAAAGGUCUAUAAAAUCUCAACAGUUAAAAACUUGAGAAAAUAAUGAAGUUUUGAGCUGAUGCUGAAAAGAUAACACAUGAAAGAUGCAUAAAUAAACAUAGCUUUGGUUCUUCAAAAAUUUUUGGCAUUUGUUUUUGUUUUUAAGGCAUUUUACUGUUUUAUUAUGCAAACCACAUUUUUAUUUUUAUAUGAAAGCCAGUCAAUAAAUGCUUAAUUGAUUAAUUAAGUAAUUAACACUGUAGGUGUCAAAUGGACUUCUGGGGGGAGAGUAUUACACAUUUGGGACAUUAUGUGAUUAUGUGGCCUUUUUUAGGACAUUGUACCUCAGCUGCCCUAUUACUGAACUGUGUGAUAAUAACAGCCUACAGAAACAGACUGAGCCUUAAUUACCUUAGUAAAGUAAAAUUGCUAAUUGAUAGUGAUGACUAAUUGGUAGCCAAAAGUAAAGGCCAAUUUAGCUAAUUGAUAGCUUUCUGCUGCCAUUCUUUAAACAGAAAGCUAUGAGUAGUCUGCUUUGAAAGGAUGAAACAAAGCCAGAAUUUUGCACUCAAUGUUCAAAAUUCAAUGUUCCCAGCAUCACUUUCCUGAAUCUGAUUCAAAUUAAAAUGAUAAACACUGAAUUAGUACACACAGAAUACCAGCAUUUUGAAAUAAACUUGUUAGCAUUAAUUUAUUUAAAAAGCCAGAAGACUCUACUUGAAUCCAAAUUGUAUAAAAUAAGUCUUCGCUGACUUUCCUACAGUACAUAUAUUGGACCCUGACAAUUGCCUGCAAUAAGACAAGGUCUGCUUUUUAAAUAAAACUUUCUAUAGUCUGUGAAAUUCUUUUUUAAAACUUAUAAUCAAUUACUUUGUGACUGUUCUCUCUCUCCCUCUCUCCCUUCCCUCCUUACCAAACAAAUAGGAAGCAGAAGAUUUAAGGAGCCGGCACAAGAAAUUGCUGGUAAGAAUUUUUUCCAAUAUGUCUAGAAUAGAAUUUACUGCGUUAAUCCAUAGACCACAACAUCACUUUUUCUCUAUGAGGUAACUUAUUUUUCCUUUUAAAAAACACCAAAUGGAUUAUUAAAGAGGCUUUUAUAUUUUAAAGAAAACUGUCAGGUUCAGGCAGGGCGUUGUUUGGAAAAUGAGGCAUGUUUAGCUGCACCCCAACCUGGACUAGUCGAUUCCUGAAGCACUUACAAAGCUGCUGAGGCAUACCCAGGGGAAGAGGAAGGUGGGUGCAGGCCACCCCCAGUGCCACCACUGAGGGAGGUGACAAAAUGCCAGGCGGCACUCACCGCGGGGCCUGUAGCGCGCCCGAGCCACGCACCUCUCCUGGGAGAGACACGGUGGCUUGGGCGUGUGCAGGCUCUGCGCUGCCCAAACGGUCCGCUCGCUGCCUCCCCCCCCCCCCCAGCUGUAGGGUGGCUGAGUGGGAGGAGGCAGGCAGACUCUGGAGGCUCUGCGGUGCGCCCCACCCCUAUGGGUGCCCUGCCCUCGCCCCACCCCUGGGUGCGCAGCCCCAGGCACCCAAGCAGCUUCCUCCACUGCUAGGCAUACCUCUGCACCCUUGGCAAGAAGCUAUAUUGGGACCUUCAAAGUUGGGAGGGACCAUGGACCAGACACUCAAAAAGUUUGCUAUUUGUUGCCUUUCACACUGUGCCAGUGACUUCCUCUGCAGCCAUCAGGAUUGGGUCUGCUCUACUCUGCCUCCCUUCUCCUUCUUCUUCUUCUUCUCCUCCUCCUCCUCCUCAAUCAUCUGUCUGUCUGCUUCCUGUCUCCCUUCCUCCGCUUGCUGCUUUCCCUUCUACUUCCUCCCUAUCCCUUCCUUUUCCCUCUUCCUGCAACUCUCACCCACUGUCUCCAUAUUUAUUCCCUCUGAGCCAUGCUGGGUGCUCCGCUCACACUUCUAAUAGUGCUGCUGGCCACCUGGGGAGGGGUCCCCACAGGACUGCUGUGAAGGCCCACACCAGCAACUGGAUUCCUCCUCUGAGACCCCAGAGGAGCCUUCGCCCCUCAUCCAGCCACCCCAGAGCUGCGGAGGAAUGGGCUGGGGAAUGGGCAGGUGGCCUCCUAGCCACUCCAAGGCAGAGUGGAGAGGUGCAAUUUUCGCACACAUACUUGGGCCUGCAGCCUUGGAGGUGCCAACCUGGUCAACCCCUAGGUACACUCCUACAAAGCUGAAGUUGGUUACUAGUUCCCAGUACCUUAUUUACAGUUCCUGGUUCCUUGCAUAAAGGAAGCACUGAAUGUGUAAUUGGAAGCGUGAGGAAAAGAAAAGCAUUUGAAUGCCCUGGGUGCAGUAUUUAAAUUCUGCCCCUUCCACACAAUGGUUUCCAGAACCUGAGGGCCCACUUCAAGCAACCAAACAAGCCACAUGACUCACUGAGCACAAACACCUUCAUUUCAGUCACCCAUCCCCACACUAGCCAGCGUCUCUACGGGGAAGUUUUUGGACUGAGGUUUUGAGGCUGGAUGUAGAGGGAGAUCCAGGUUCAUAUGAUAAACAUUCAGCGGUGGCCUUUGUCUUUCAUUCUAAACUACUUCAUGGAGUUGUUGUGGUGUCAAAUUAUAUUAUGAGGGAGAAUUGAAACGAACCACGUUCCCUAAAACGGGCUAUAGGCAUUCUAAGUUAAAAUUGCUGCCAAGGCAUUGAAAUCUCUCUCUCUCUCCAAAUGGAUAGAAAGCCUCUAUCUGGAGGGGCCAGAGCUUGGGCAGCCUCUAUACACACCUCCAGGGUUGCACUAAGGAGCUGGGUUACCUCACAGAGCAGCAGAACAAGAUAUUGAGGCAGGACUGGAGUGACCAGAUGGCUGACCCCCAGUCUGCGCGGCGUGCGUACGAGGUAAGUGACGGCAUUGCAAAACAAAAGCACCUGGUAGGGAAAAACAGGAGAUUUGGGGAAGACUUCAACAUAGUGCUUUGGCAAGGGUUCCAUAAGCACAAUAAUUUUGACUUGCCAGACAGAAGAAUUCCCUUACAUGGUGUCCUGGGGGUUCCCUCAACAUCCGCAGAACCAAUUUUGGGAGCCACAUCCUGCAUGCAGUGGACGUUAUUGUGUGGGCUUUGCCUAGCAAGGCUUGUUUGUAGAAUCCUGCCCAAAGGGUGGUAUUCAACUAAGUUUUACUCACAGUAUACCCAUUGAAAUCAAUGAACAUUCCUAAUUUUAGUUGAUCUGCUCUGAAUAAAACUGUUGAAUGCCACCCAUGGUAACCUUUUGGAUAAGACUUUGGUCAGGGAAUGCGGGUUUCUUUUAUUUACUCUCCAAAGUGGUUUUUAGUUCACAAUGAUUCAUAUGUAUAACAGCACCAACAUGUAGCAUAGUUGCAUUUGAUAGGAGUCCUUUUAAUUAUCAGUGUUGAACAUCACUUUACUAAACAGAUAACUGGGCCUGUUGCUGCUGUUGUUGCCCUUUACCUCAGUCCCACAGAUUCCACACACUCAGAGGAGAGUCCCAACGUAUAUUCAAUAUGUUCUGGUUAGUCAAAGCUCUCUGAACUUGGGCAUGUUUGUAGUUACUCUGACUUGGUCAACAGAACAAGGGUGGACCCCAGAGGAAACCAUCUUUUAGGCUUCUUCUGAGCAUGCAUGCUCUCUAGUGCUCCUUUUAUGGAGCUACGAAGUGCCGCACAAGCAUGGAAACAUUGAGGAGAGAAAAUGCAAAUGGGGAGGAUGGAGGAAGCUACCUACCAUGUUAUGAAACUUUUAUAUAAAUGGUUGGGGAACCUGUUCCAGGCUGCUUUGUGGCAUGGGUAUCUGUGUACAUGAGAGAGCCAGCAAUGAGGAAAGGGAAAACGGAUACUUUUGCAUCUAGAUGCUUCUUUCUUUGCAUGCAAACCAUUUGUGAAUGGGGAUUUGGGAACAGAAGUCCUACCACUUUCAGCUGACAUAAGCUAUCACUAUAAUCUAUGCCCUGGUUUCCUUAGCCAAUUGGGUCUGGGGCACAUCUGGAAAGUUCUAGCUACAUGUACUUCACAUUUUUCCAGUUGUUUUAUUGGGAGAAGAGAUUGUAUAAAUGUGCUCUUUGUCUUCUAAUGCAUCAUUUAUCUCUCUCUCACACUUUUAUAUGAAAAUCUGAGCAGCAGGAGUUUUCUCUGCCCCACUGACGUCAGUAAAGGCAUCUAAUAACUAAGCUUAGCGGUAGAUUUGGCAGUUUCCAGGACACGUGGGGCUACUGCUUCUCCUAAAAUGCAAAGGACCUCUUAGCAUUCAAAGUGCUUAUAUAGUGAGCUCCUUCUGAUCCCCCUGCAGGAUUUCAAAAAUAAUGAACUCCUUAACCAAGAAGAGCAGGUGAAUACCCUCCAAGAUGAUGGAGAGAGGAUGGUCGAAUUGAAGCAUCCAGCUGUGAGCCCAAUUCAGGUAGGUGCAGAAUCUGGAACUCUCUCUGUGCCCAGAUCUUCAAACAGUUAUGCACUGAUUCUCCCAUAAUCCCUGACCAUUGGUCAUGCUGGCUGGGGCUGAUGGGAGUCCAACUACAUCUGGAGGACCAAUUCCCCACCCCUCCGCUUAACAAAGAAUUGUUCUAGAUUUCUCUUGCUUCAAGCUGUGUCUAAAUGUUUGUGAUAUUAUAUGGCCCUCCAGAGCGAGUUCAGGAGAACAGCAAAAUAAAAGAGCACCGUAUUUCUCGCUCUAUAAGACGCACCAGACCACAAGACGCACCUAGUUUUUGGAGGAGCAAAACAAUAAAAAAAAUAUUCUGAAUCUCAGAAGCCAGAACAGCAAGAGGGAUCGCUGCGCAGUGAAAGCAGCAAUCCCUCUUGCUGUUCCGGCUUCUGGGAUAGCUGCGCAGCCUGCAUUCACUCCAUAAGACGCACACACAUUUCCCCUUACUUUUUAGGAGGGAAAAAGUGAGUCUUAUAGAGCAAAAAAUACGGUAUUUAUUGAGAUACUGUUUCACCAUUAAAACCUACCGCAUCCUGAGAGCUGAGAACAGGCAACUCUAGUGUGCCACUUAAAAAAAACGUAUCUUUUCCCCCAAAGUUUUGCAAUCUGCAUUAGAUGAAGGAUCUUCUCUGAAUAAUUACGCUAACCUUACAUUCUGUGUUUUGUUGGACAAAUCCACACUACAAAAAUAGCUUAGCAGACAUCCCCUUCUUCCCAAGGAAACCUGGGAAUUGUAGCAGGGGUGUGGGUGGACUCAGAGAAAUUUCUGCAACUUGGCAAACUACAAUUCCUAGGAUUCUUUGAGGAGGCAGCCAUGACAGCCAAAGUGGUAUAAAAAGACAAACCUAAGUUUGACAAUACCAUACUAAUUGGGCUGUGCUAUGUGCUGCUGGAUCUGCUGGGUUCUCUGCCCUCUGGUUCUCUGGUUCUUCAGGGCAAAUGGAUCAUGAUGCAUGUUCAAUAAACAGGUUGUCAGGUGACCUGAUUCAGAAGCUCCCAUUCCGAAAGGCCUUUUCUUGUGUACCAAAAGAUAAAAUUCUUCGGGAUAUGUGGUAUGUUGGAAUAGCUGGGUCAAAGUUCUGGCCCGUUAUAUGUACAAGCAGACAAAUGCCCUGGAAAUGGUCAGUUAUGAAAGGAAACAGAAAUUGCAGAGCAAAUGUCAUCUGGGGAGUUUUUGCUUUGUGCUACAUUGAAGUUUGGCAUUAUAUUCUCAACUGAGAAUAUAAUCAUGGAGAGCUUGGGCUAGAGUCCAACAAUGCAGCUUUCUCAGGGAGUGGUAAUAUUUUGCAAUCUGAUGGCAUUAGUAUUCGGGGAAUGAGAUGUUGCACAAGAAUAAACUAUACCGCUGUCCAUCCUCUAGCUGUGCAACGAGCUUACAAGUGUGUUUUGAAUGUUAAUAUUUUUCAAAAAUGUUUUACGACACACCUCUGAUCCAGACCUUAUAGAAACUGAUACGUUCACAUGAUACAAAGCAAAUGUGUUGAUUUCCCUCUCUCAGAUUUUGAACAGCAUAUUAUCUUUCCCCUGUAAUAUUAUUUCCUUUGUUGUGUGGAUUCAGCAGCCUACAGCUACAUACUUCUGUCAGUUUGGGGGUUAACAGAAAAGAAACUCAGCGGAAAACCAUGAAGCUAGAUGGAGAAUGACAUGAGAACUAUUUCUUUUCCACUGCAGGCUCAUCAGGAAGCGCUUAAGAAUGAGUGGCAGAAUCUUCUCUACUUGUGCAUCUGCCAAGAGAACCAUCUGAAGAACAUAGAGAACUACAGAAAGGUAGAUUGUGGGAGGGUACUAGAAGGUGGUAUAUGAGGGACCCCAGGGAUCUCAAAUCUUCAUGAUCAUGUGUAGAAACUUUUAAAAUAUUUAGGCAGUUUCCUAAGGGCAGGCAGGCAAAGUUCACAUGACACUCAGUGAUCAGAAGGUACACCUUCAGCACUUUGAACUCCUUGCGCCUUGGUCAUCUCAUGGAUCCCUCCUCACCCAUAACUUAGAAAGAUUCCAUGUUCAGAGUCUGAAAGCAUUUGUUUGUCUAGUAUGCCCAUAGAAUUGUAGCGCUGUAGAGUUGGAAGGGACCUAAAGGUCAUCUCAUCCAACUCCCUGCAAUACAUGUUGCAUUUGUUUUUGCAGAAAAUCUCUUAAUUUCAUAGGACUCGAUUCAGAUUUUUUGUGAGCAGUCCUUCUCCCUGUGCCCCAUCAAAGCUGCUCUAGAACUGCCUCCAAAGCAGCAGUGCAAGGGGCUCUGGGGUGGGGGAGCAAAGGUUAACAAAAAUCACCCUUGCCCACUCUCUUCCUCCUGUCAGAGCCACUGCUAGAUCUGAGUCCAUUCCACAAACAGAAGCGGACCUUCCAUUUGUGGAAAGGCAGGUCUAAAUCUAACGUAGUCCUUUUAACACUCUUUGAAUCCCUUUUUUGGGGGGGGUUAAAAAAGAGAUUUCCUACUGCAUUGCUAUUGAAAUUUCUAUCUCAUCCUUUGGACACAUUCCUAGGGCAGCUUACAAAGAAUCAAAAUGCAAUACCAUGCAAGUGAUUAAAGCCAUUGCCACUUGCAAACAACGUAUUAAAAGCAGCAAAAUCUCAAACAGCAGCAUGCAUUCGCCCUUAGAAAAUAUAGAGCUCUUCACCUGGUGCUGGAAGGUCAUCAAAGUAAGUGGCGGGCAAGCUUUCCUGGGAAGAGCAUUACAGAAUAUGGGAGGCACCAUGGCAGCGACUAUUGCCCAAUGUUCAUCUGCCACUCCUGAUAUGGAGGAAAACCUGGUAGAAGAGUCUCUGUGCAAGAUCUUGGUAUUGAUAGAAUUAGGGCAUGUUUCCAACAUUUUUAAUGCUUUAGCACUAAACCAAAUGCAUAGAGGCAAAAGUCAUGGCCACAUAGUACUGGGUCACAUGACUGUUGAGGUCUUAAUGCAGGUCCCAAUCACACCAGUGGGCAGCACACGGAAAACUAGUGGAAGCAGCCAAACUCUGGAGCCCUGAAGCUUGCACUGUCCUGAUAGGAUGAGGCUAUAUAGUUAAAGUUUGGCAAAAACAGCAACAUGAACAUUCUGCUAUAGGAGCACAGCAGCAGAAGUUAGCAGGGUCUGAAUUUCAUGGUCAAAGUACAUUUCUCUGACUGUUUUGCUACUGCUCUUCUCUCUUUUUUGUAUUUAGUUCUAUGACGAUGCUGAUGCUGUGAGCCAUUCGCUAAACAAGCUGAACAAUGACCUUGAUACGAAAUACAGCACAUUCAACAAGGACAGCCCGGGAGUGGUGUCUGAUUUAUUCCUUCAGCUGGAAGUGAGAACCACAAGGGGGAAUGGGGACGUGAUUUCAACAAGUUCUUACGUUUUAAUUACUGGCCUGGAGCAACUGUGCCUCUCCAGGAUUAUUGCAGCAACCAAAUCUAAUUAUUUUUAUGGCUUCAUCUAAAUUCAGUUAGGUGCCAGAGCCUGGGAGUUAUAAAUUGGACAAGUGGACUUGAUUCACUUCAUUAAAUUGAGUGAAGAGAAGCUAAGAUAAGAGGGGAAAGGAGGAGGUGAGGGAAGAUGAGUUGCUGGGGGGGAACUGCACCCAGUCCCUGUGCCUUGUGACUGGGUUCUCUCCCAGAAGGCUUUGCUCCCCGGAUAAUAAUUAAUAAAACACAGAAGUUCUGUUCAGAUGAAGAUUAUGGAUGAAGGGCUGAGCUGGGUUGAGCAGUGAGAUCAUGUGCCUUUUGAAAAGUUCCUGAUUGUGCAGUGUGUGUACAAAUUGUGCAUGCACAAGCUCUUUUAGACCUUCAGAUUAAUGUGCAUUUUAGGAAUGGAGACAGCAAACAUGAUCCAAGUCCCCCUUCCAUGCUUUCUUCUGAAUGUGUGAACAGAACAAAAGUCAUUGUGCCAUCAACAUCCUCAAAAUUAGGGUCUCCAGCCCCAUCAACAUCCAGCCCACACAACUUACAGGCCAUCAAGCCAAAUGCUUCCCCUUCACUAUGUAUGGCAGAGCACCAGGAGCUCGUUAACUAGCCUAAAUCUUUGAAAACAGGAACAUUGUCAUCUACCUAGCAGGCCAAUGUAUAGGGCUGAUGGGCUUUGUAUGGCUUAGUGGACCACAAGUUGUUCUGGUCCUGCUCUAGGCUGCGUUAUUUGCCCAAAAUACACACCACCUCUGAACUCUCUCCUCCUCUUUCCUGUCUAGAACGAUGAGAAGUCUGUGAAACAAGCUGAGAGGAGCAUUGCUGAACUGAAAAGGAGGAGCAAGGAGAUUAGCCCUUUGAAACUCCGCAGACUCCAACCCUCCCAGCCAAUUACUGUGACUACAAUCUGUGACUGGGAUUUGGGUGAUGUAAGAAAAUGGCCUUGUCGUAUCAUAUGUGAUGGAAACUGAUUAUUCUGAAAUUGUGUACCAUGUACCUCACUGUGGUUUCUGAAGAGUUUGCUUUAAUCUCCUUUUUGCUGCUACUUCUACAUCAAAUCAAGCAGAAAGAAAAGCAGCAGUGAAAUAUUUGGGUGCUAUGUUUGAAAAAGGAACAGUGUGGUAUGAGAGUUCUCUAUGCCCAGAUAUCCCUAAAACAGUGCAACAACCAGUCUGUUGUUGUUUAGUUGUUUAGUCGUGUCCGACUCUUCGUGACCCCAUGGACCAGAGCACGCCAGGCACUCCUGUCUUCCACUGCCUUCCACAGUUUGGUCAAACUCAUGCUGGUAGCUUCGAGAACACUAUCCAACCAUCUCGUCCUCUGUCGUCCCCUUCUCCUUUCCCAACAUCAGGUUCUUUUCCAGGGAGUCUUCUCUUCUCGUGAGGUGGCCAAAGUAUUGGAGCCUCAGCUUCACAAUCUGUCAUUCCAGUGAGCACUGAGGGCUGAUUUCCUUAAGAAUAGAGAGGUUUGAUCUUCUUACAGUCAAUGGGACUCUCAAGAGUCUCCUCCAGCACCAUAAUUCAAAAGCAUCAAUUCUUUGGCGAUCAGCCUUCUUUAUGGUCCAGCUCUCACUUCCAUACAUCACUAACCAAUCUGUAGCACACCACAAACAGUGAGCAGGUGUGACACCACACAAUUGACCCAUUUAUUGUAGCACAUACCAUGGAAUGGAGUGGCAGAGUUUAAGGGAAAUCACUUUAUAUGGCAUUCCACCCAUUUGGGGCUAGUAGGAUAAAGUUAUCAAUGACCACUAGUCAUGGUGGCUGUAUACCAUCUUCAGAAUCAAAGAUAGUGUAUCUGAAUAUUGGAAUUAUGGACAGGAGAGGGAUUUUGCUCUAAUGCCCUGUUUAUGGGCUUUCCAGAGGCAUCUGGUUGGCCACUAUGGGAUUUAAGAUGCUGGUGUAGAUAGGCCUUUGGUUUGAUCCAGCAGCAGGGCUCUUCUUCUCUUCUUAGUAACGGCACCAAAUGUGUACAUGUACACACAUCUAAAAUAGACCCAGGGCACCUCUGAGCUGCAGUAAUGAAGAACAACAUUUUGUGACAUCUGAACAAUGUCUUGAGUUUGUUUUUCUGGCAAAGGGUGGCUAUAUUUGAAAUUCUCAAAACCAAAACUUUCCUUCUGUCUUCCUUCUGUCUUCCUUCCUUCCAGGGGCGGCUCGAGAUGGGUGAGAAGUAUAUGCUGCAUGACAACAGCAACCAGGAAAACUGGGUUGUGCAGAAUGCCAGUAGAGAGACUAAGGUAGCACCUGCUGUUUGCUUUUCCAUCCCCCCUCCAGAUCUAGAGGCCAUAGAGAGAGUUAACAGGUGAGUACAAAGCUUUUUCUCUCUGUCUCAUGAGUAUACCACUAGUGGUACACAUGCCACAAACAAUAGGAACAUAUUUUCUAUCUAUUCAAUACUGGUGAUUUUUAAAAAUGGGUGAAUAUGGGUUUUAUUUGUAUUCAUUUAUAAAACUAUUUCUAUAAUGCCAUAUCAUAAAAUAUUAAGGCAGUAUAGAACACGAAACACCUUUAAAAACGAUGGGGUUGAACCAUGGUUUUGGAAAUUGUCCCAUAUCAGAGGUUCUUCUCUAUAAAAGAGGUUUAAUGGCAUUCUAUCAUGCGGGUAUUAUGUCUGCAUGUGCUGGGGAGCUGCAAAAGAUCUGGUUCAUGAUGGUAGCGAAAUGUUGCUGGAUGGAAACGGUUUUCAGGCUCCCAUAUGCCUGUUGUUUAAGGUGCGGGUUUUGUGGUAUCAUGUUGCCUCUACACAUAGACUUUCCAUAAUCACUUGGAGAAUUGUUGUUGUUUUUACGAUCAAGUGGUGUAUAAUGUUGACAGCAAUUCAUGCAGGGUGCUGCAUCAGUAGUCACCCCAUAAAGCUUUCAUGUUAGCAAGCAUGAGUGUCCUGCCAGUGGAACUUGUACAUCUACAUAUGCUAAAAAUGUGAUUAUAGUCACCCCUGAGAAUCAGCCUUAAGACAGUGGUGCAUAAUUAGGAGGGGCAUCAUGGCAGCAAUUUCCCUUUUCUCUUGUUCAUUUUUCCUCCCCAAAAUACACACUAUUCAUGUCGUUUGUUGCUUAGGAGACUCUCGGAAACAGGAAUUUUAAUUAGUUUAUGUCCUUCCAGCUCUUUAACAAAUUGCCACCUCUCCCACUGAAGGCUCUGCAAAUAUGUGCUAUCUUUUCUAAUUAGUGCUCUUUUUUUGGUAUUAUCAGGAUACCACGUUUACUCCAAAAAGUGCAGACAACCACCUAAUCUAAGACUGAUCUUUGUAAAGCAUUAAGGGAACAGUUUUCCAAGUAGAGAUAUUUAUGAAGCUAAAACAGCAUAAUCUAUGCUCAAGAGGGGGGAGGUACCAGAAAGGCUGAGGAAACCCGUGUUUGCAGAAGUACAAAAAAAAAUUGAGAGAAAGGUCUCAGGGCGAGAACCCCAAAUCAGUUCAAUGAGCACACUCAGUGGGGACAGAAUGUGGCCUGGCUGUUUGGGGGUGGGGAUAGAGUAUCCAGGGCAUGGCUGGUUGGCCUGUACACGGAAUAAGUCCACUAAGGAGAGACCGGCAAUGGAUUGGGUAAUAGAUUGUCUCAAACCCAUGAGCCUCUUUGCUUGCUUAGAGGAUGGAAAAUAGCAAGCAGGCAGCAGCCAUUUUGUGUGGGGAUUCCUUUCCUGAGCCCUGCGCAUGUUGGUGGAGCACACAUAAGCCCGCCUCUCCCCUGGCUCCGUCCUCAUUCUGCCCUUUUCCAGGUCCAAAAGUCCUGCACAUUGGUGGUUGUGCGUCAAUUGGGCAUGCACAAAAUGGUUGCUGCCUCUGUGUGUGUGUAUAUAUGUGUGUGUGUGUGUGUGUGUGUGUGUGUGUGUGUGUGUUAUAAUAAUAUGCACUGGACAGAGGGCGGUAAAAGCAGGAGUGCCAGCUUGGCCCCACAACUGUGGGUGCCUGGGGCCAUGGGUGCCAUGCAGUGUGCAUGGCCCUGGCGCCAAAAUUUGUGGGUGCCCAGCCCCUUCAUGGGGAAUUUUGUGGGUGCUCGAGCACCCAGGGUAUAACUAUAAAUUGGUGCAACAAUACACACCCUAGAAAGUACCCGUUGGUCUUUGUCAAAGUAGAAGCUGAUGGGAAAGUGUCUUCUGAGAAAUCUCUAGCAGAAAUCGAAUCAUGGGGUACUUAAGCAGCAUGGGAUCACUUCUGUGUGGAUGCUACACACAGCUCAGCUAACAUUGAUAGGAAGCAAUCUCACAGGUCAGGCAACUAAUGUAGUCACUUGCCAUGUCAACUACCCGCCUGCAAGCUAGUUUUCCUGCAGAUGUUGCUAGAGCGGCAUGGGAAGCAGCAAUACAAAAGCAGCUCUGAUUUUAAAAUUUCACUUUAUUUUUACUGUUUGGUUUUAUAUACGAUUGUCAUAAAUUUCUCUGAUAUUUAUUUAUUUAUCAACAAUUAUUUCAAUAUAAAUACUUGAUAUGGAAUAAAAUGACCUGAUUAAUGCCCCACUAGAAAAAGGCAGUCUCUCUGAGCAUGCCUCGUGUACAUGGCAAGUGUUGUAGGGAAGCCCUGUGCUGUGAAUAACUUUGACUUCCUCCUGUCGUGUUCAGGCUGGAAGGUGAGCUGAGCGCAGUGAAGCAGAGGAGAGCUACAGUCCAGAACACCUUGAAAAGCAGCCACAGGGAACCAGUUAAAUCCAGCCACCAGGGUAUGUCAGCAUUUCAGCCGUUCUCUAAGGGGAUAUUGCAAUACCAUUGUGGCGUGACGGGUUGGUUAAGGUGCUCACCUCUUCCCCAUGGGCCUUCAAGUUGUCCAGUCUCUGCUUGUGCAGGAAUCCAUAAGGAUCAGAGAUCCUAGGGGAAGGCUUAACUUACAGGGUGGAUGUGGAAGAAGAUGAACAGGAGGCAUUUAGGCAUAGCAGUUAUCCCCAUGGACAAAUGCAAAUAUCUGCAUGCUUUAGUGAAUAAUACUUGUCAUUUCAGUUCCAGUCAGAAGCACCACUGUGGCCCAGGAUGAUCCCCAAGCCAGCCAGUUGCUUCAUAAAUUGGAUAAUGUUGGUGGUAACUUGGACCAAGUCAAGAAUGAGAUUUUUAGCCGCCUGAGGUCUCCACUAAACCACAGUGACCCUGUAGAGGACCUUACUCAACGUAUCAGAGAGCAGGAGGCAAGUCCCCCUCCCCUUUUUUUUGGUAAAGUGGCAGGAGGUAAGUUUUGACUGCUCACUUGUGCCUCUGAUAAGCCUGUUCAUAUUCUGAGAGAAUGAACACCUUCACAGAGCAGAGAGGUUUCUACUGCUGUUUUACUGCCUGUACAUUUUAUGUCUACUUUGCAAGACUAACUGGGAUGGACCCACUGACAGUCCUGAUAAACAGGGGGUGGGGGGAGGCUCUCUCAUGCAACACUUGAAGCUGCUUCAUUGAAAACAAGUUCCUAUCCUCACCUUCCUACCCCCUCAAUAUUUUGUAGAAUGAUUUUUAGCUUGUUCUUUUUUUUUACGGCUUUCCUCAAAGAUGUGGAUAAAUAACUCAAAUAUUUGGCUACAUCCAUGAAGGUUCUGUGGUUGAGAGUUGCUCAUGAAAUAAUUGCCUCAGUAUUCCCAGCUAUGACUGGUGACCUAACUCCACUGAGCUGGAAAAAGUCUUAAAGUGGUGCUAGAUGCAUCAUUAAACCUUAUAAGCCAUGUAGACAUGUCAAUCCAAUGGCUUCAAAUCCACUGGUGGUGUUGAGACCUACCGUAUUUUUUGCUCUAUAAGACUCACUUUUCCCCUCCUAAAAAGUAAGGGGAAAUGUGUGUGCGUCUUAUGGAGCGAAUGCAGGCUGCGCAGCUAUCCCAGAAGCCAGAACAGCAAGAGGGAUUGCUGCUGCUUUCACUGUGCAGCGAUCCCUCUUGCUGUUCUGGCUUCUGAGAUUCAGAAUAUUUUUUUUCUUGUUUUCCUCCUCCAAAAACUAGGUGCAUCUUGUGGUCUGGUGCGUCUUAUAGAACAAAAAAUACGGUAUGUCCCUAACUGGUCUCUCCAUAAAUGACUGUUGUAUCACAUUGAAUUUUACUGACUGAUUAAAAAUAAAAUCCGCCUUUAUAUCAGGGAACAGCAAGGAGACUUCAAGUAAUAGGAGCAGAAAAGGAAGUUGCCCAGAAGGAGUGUGAGGCCUAUCUUUCCAAGAAGCCUGCUGGCACCUCUGCCUCUCAGCUGCCUGUGACACUCAACAACAUCAAGAACAAAUACAAUGAUGUGAAGGUGCUCUCCAGGCUCUAUGAGGAAAAGUAAGUGACUUCAGCAAUAUUUUGGCAGAGAAUAGAACUCUGUUGCUGUGUGAAGGAGGCAGCAGCUUGCAAAAUGUUUCUAUGAAAUCUUAAAUGUUUUCACCUGGCAAUAUAUAGCGCUUUUUUUUUUUUUGCUUUGGUGUGGAGUUGAAGAAAACAACCUAGAAGUGAAAUGUUGUCUUUUGGCAUUAAAAUGUCUCCCCCUCUCCAGAGCCAAAGCAGGCCUGAACCUGGAGAAUCAGAUAGAGAACACAGACAAGAUCAUCAGCACCCUUGAGGCCAAGUUAUCUCAUGAUGGCAUCAUCCCAGCCUCGCCCAAUGCACUGCAGGAUCGUGCCAAUGAACUUCAGGUGAGGGACCUCUGGAAUCAGAAGGACAUCGGUAUAGGGUGGGAUAGAACAGAGUAUUUCUUUUCUUUCUGUGGGUGCUUCUGGGCCAGUGCUUCCCUUAUCCCUAACCACCAGAGAAUUUUAUCUCCCAGGCUCACUUCCAACUGAGGCUGCAACAUUUUCCAUUUGCUAAAACCCCAAGUGAAACUAUUUAUUUGUCCUUUUUUUUCUUCUCCACACAUUGGUUCCAUUGGUUUGCAAUUAAAUUACAGUAUAAUACCUGCUCAGCGCCACACCAGUCUCCUUCCACUUAGCAGAAACAGGCUUGGCACUUCAAGACCAAAUGAUCAAGGAAAGCAAUCAGACUGAGAUUUCGGGAGGGCUUUUUUUAAUCCACAGGUUGAAAUAAAAUUGCUGUUCUGAAUGGAUGGUCUCUUUCUUUCACAGAAACUGAAGCGAGAUUUGGUGAAACAUGAGGACAGCUUGCUGAAGCUGAACCGCAGCCUCAAAGAUGCUGAGCACAGCUGCAGUGCAGUGCAGAACAAUUUUGAAGAGUACUGCGCUGAUUUGCCAAGGCAGAAAAAGGAGGUCCAGCUACUUAAUGACCGAUAUCAUGCUGUUGCUGACCAGCUGGAUCACCGGUAAGGAGCCAAAUCCUCUCCACUGGUGGGCAUGGAAAGUGUUUGUGUGUAUCUGAACAUCCAGCCUUGUGAGCCAACUUAAUUAACAGGUCAGAUUUGGAACAGGUGGCUUCCAGUCUCUCUUUGCCCUCGAAGAUGAUAUAAAAACAUAUAAAUACACACCAGGAAUAAGAAAACAGGGGCCUCUAAUGACAAAGAUGCAUCAAUGACUACCCCCAAACUAAGAAGCUGCUCCUUCAAAGGGAGUGCAAAUGGGCAAUUUCCUGGAGCUUGGAACCACCCACCCAUAGUGCCAGAAUUUAGCUUCAAAUUAUUGGCCCUCAUCCAGCCAAUCACUGCAUCUAGACACAGGUAUAGGACUGACAUGCCCACUUCUGAUCCAGAUGUUGCAGAGACAUAGAGCUGAGUGUCAUCUGUAUUCCGAAGAUACCGUGCUCCAAAUCUCCACAAAACUGCUCCCAGUGGCUUCAUUAUAGAUGCUAAAUAGCAUUGGGGACAAAAUAGUGCCUUGCAGCAUGGCUGAGAUCAAUGAACUAUGGAAGAAUGUGGAAAGCUGGUAGCUUUUUUGUAGCCGCUCUUCCCUCUCAGUGACCAGCCCAUCAUUUUCUAUCCAGUCUCUGGCUGCUGGGUUAAAAGUUAAAUAUAUCGCAUCUUCCAGAAGCAAAGCCUUGUCUUUCAACAAAAAGGAAUCAGCCUGCCUCUCGUAACUUGACAGAAUGCUUCCAGUCAAUAAACGAGGCACUUUCCCUUAACCACAGCAGGCACAACCUGAGCUUCUGCUUCUUAAUCAGUGUCUCCGUUCUUUGUGCAGGGAGAAGACUCUCCGGAACACCAGCCUCACCUACCAACAGUUCCAAAAUGCCAAUGAGAACCUAAUGUUCUGGCUCAACAAUGUUCCCAAGUACCAGGUCAAGACCACAGAUGGACCCAGCCAGGUCAACUACAAGCUCCAGGCCCAGAAGGUGAGCAGUGUGGUAUCUUCACCCAAAGAAAGGUCUUGCAGUUUAAAGGUCACAACACCCUCAGAAAGGGAAUUGAUGGCUCCUUGAGGCGGCCAUUGCUAGAUCGUUCUGCAUUCUUACUGUCAGACUGAUGUAACCAAACUCACCACAGUGGAGGAUGAGGUAACCCAGCUCACCCACCCACCUAGACUGAAAACAGGAACUUUCAGGGCAGGAACAUUGUAAUGCUUGUUGUUUAUUAAGCACCAGGGAGACCGCUAGUGCUUUCUUGUCCUAACUGCCUUUUGCUCUUGCAGAGGCUGGCAGAUGAAAUCCAGAGUAAAGAAUCUGACAAGGAUGCUGUGGUCAACUUGUCCCAGAACGUGCAGACUGUCCUCAACGUAUGUUUGCAGGGUUUCUUUCUAUACGCUUUCCAUUUCCUGUUGGGUGAACCAGUCUGAUCUUCCUUUGACCACAUCCUUUUUUCUUUUAACAACAGGAGUAUGAGCUUCAGGCAGGAAAAUACCGAUCCUCCCUAGACCCUUCGUUGACUGCUUCUUCAGCAAAACGCCUCCGGGUGACACCACUUCAGGAGAGCAUCCAAGCACAGGUGAGAGCUUGGGACCCUGGACCCUGAUUUCUUUGUAUAAAAUUUCUACCCCUCCUAACCAACUGGUUACACCCUUGAAGCAGUUUAGAAAAUUUCAGAACAAAGUAUUGUGGCACCAUGGCAGUAUAUACACUACAGCCUUAAUAUGCAGCUAGGCUGUUCUUUUUCUCAGUUUGGAUUGGUUGGGGGGGGGGAGCAUCAAAAGCAGUGCAUUUCAUAGGAAACUACAGGAUAAAUAUUGAUUCACAAAGCUAAAAAGAGAAAAUUGUCCAGUAGCCCUAAUGGCUGAUAAGAGGCUUAGAAUUGGCUGGUGAUUAUCUUCUACUUAUUCCUGCGAUGCAAAUUCCUCUAUACCUAGACUUUUCUAACACAUGUAUCAUCACAGUGUGUCACAUAAAAAUAAAAUAAAAUAAAAGGAGAAGGAUCAAGGAGUGCCUGUUUGAAUGCAAGUAGAAGAGGGAAGAAAACUGACAAAGCACACUCUUACAGUUUAAAGAAAGCAAGAAAUGCUCCCACUGGUAACAUUCCCAUUCCUGAUCUCAGUUAAACAGCAGGCCCCAUUUAUAGUUUCCAUACAGUGUUGUUUGUUCAGUACUGUAGCCUGGCAGAUGUUGACAGCCUUGAACUAGAAGGGAAAUGGCAGCAGGACAAAGUGAUGUGGUAUCUUAAAAUAAUGCGUUUUGCUCAUUCUCUUUAGGAAAAAAACGUGACAAAGCUCUUCACCGAGACAGCUGCCCAAAACAAAGAGCAACUGAGCCGGCUGGAAUUUGCCAAGAAAGUUAUGGACAAGGUAUAUGUAAAUCAUAUUAGGUUAAAAGAUAAUGCAUAGAUAAAUAACCAUAACUUUCAGUUAGUGCAAUUAGCUUCUCCUGGGAGCAAAUGACAAGGAAGAUUUCUUGGUGUUUCAUACCAAAACCUGCCAGGAUACUGCCUUGAGUUGCUGUCAUUCUGACAUGCUCUACUGCAGGGAUGGGGAACCUCAAGCCCAGGGACUGAAUGUGGCCUCCAGGAAUCUCUGCAAGCCACACCUCUUCUUUAGCCACACCCUUCCUCACCUCUCACCAUCACUGCUACACUCCCUCAAUGGGUGUGUUUGCCUGUGCAAUGUUUUAUCUCUGUCUUCCUCUUUAUCACACUAUUAAACUUGUUCGCUAGAUAACUAAAGUCCUACCGCCACAUAUCCAUAUAGGCAGCAGUGUAAAAGUUUACAUUGGGAGUCAUUUUGGCUUGUCUUUCUAAAGAUUCAUUUUCUUCAUUUCUGCAGAAGGAAGUAGAUGAGACAGUGCACAUGAUGCACGAGCAGACCCAGCGGUCUGAAAACACAGCUGGGUCCCAUAGAGAAUCGGAAGCCCUAAAAUCUCAGCUGGAAGAGGAACGGAGCAAGAAAGCCAGGGCUCAGCAGCAGCUGGAAGAGCAGAGGAGCAAACUUCUCAUGCUGAAGACCCAACGGCCUAUUGAAAGAGUGGAGGAGAAAGAAGUGAUGGAAUACUAUAGGGACCCCACUCUGGAGAGUGACCUGUCCAAAAUAUCUAAUCAAAUUGAGAAUGAAAUUAAGAAGAGAAGGGGUCUAGAGGCAGAUAUUGAGAUAAUGAACAAUAAGGUCCUCCAAAUGGAGAAAGAUAGUAAGGUUGUUAAAGCCCAGCUGCUUACAAAAGAAAUUACUAAGAUAGAGAAAGACCCAAGCCUAGAUGCUCAAGCAGCCAGACUCCGAGAGGAAAUCAGGCACCUCCAGGAGAACUCAACUUCCUCCUCCGAACUUGAACGGCUCAGGAAAGAGCUGCACUUGCUGGAGCAGAUGCAGCCAAACAUCCGAGAGAAAGUGGUGCUGAAAGAGGUGGUCAAGCUGGAGAAGGACCCAGAAAUGCUAAAAGCAGUCAGGACAUUGCAAAUGCAAAUUGACGAAGACAGCUUCAAGAGGAAGUCUCUGGUGGAUACAAUUGCUAAACUGAAAAGCAGGACUGAAGAGCUUGAAAAGCUGAUUGAAACGGCAGAACCUAAAGUCAUUGUGAAGGAGGUAAAGCAAGUGGAGCAAGACCCAGAGCUUCUGAAGGAGGCAUCCAAGCUUCAGACUCUCAUUGAUGAGGAGAGAAGCAAGAACUCGUUGCUAGCAAGCCAACUGAUAGAGCUGCAGAGCAAAUACAGCACUGUGGAAAAGCAAAAGCCUAAAGUGGAGGUUAAAGAAAGAGUCAACGAGAUAUUUCGUCUUGACCCAGAAACAGAAGAGGAGAUAGCACGUUUGAAGAAAGAGCUCCAAGAAGCUUCAAGAAAAAGGUCAAGGGUUGACCAAGAGGUGGAAAGAGCCCUGACUGAGCUCAAAGUCCUUAAGUCUCAGCCUCCUACUGUGGAGUUUAAAGAGGUCAUCGAAGAAGUUGUGAAGAUGGAAAAGAGUCCGGAGAUUCUGAGAGAAAUAGACAGGCUGAAACAGCAGCUGAAUGACCUUGUGAAUACAAAUGGCAGGUCCCAAGAACAGCUGAUCAGGCUACAGGGAGAGAGAGAUGAGUGGAAGAGGGAAAGAUCCAAGGUAGAAACCAAGCUGGUUACCAAGGAGGUUGUCCGAUAUGAGAAAGACCCUCUGUUGGAGAGAGAAGCUGAACGCCUCCGCCAGGAAGUACGUAAUGUAUCACAAAAGAGGAGAGCAACCGAAGAUGCCAUCUAUGACCUGCAGAACAAGUACAUGCUUCUGGAGAGGAGAAAACCAGAGGAAAAAGUGGUGGUCCAGGAGGUAGUUCUCACCCAGAGAGACCCAAAACUCAGAGAUGAGCACAGCAGGCUAAGUAAGAGCUUGGAUGAUGAAGUGAGCAACCGCCGACGCCUGGAACGUGAAGUCCAGCAGCUUCGAGCUGCGGUGGAAGAGAAAGAGAAGCUGCUUAACUUCCAAGAAGACAGAAACAAAAGGCUAGCCUUGGAAAAGGAAAUGCGGCAGAUCACCUUGAGGAUAAAGGAAAUUGAGGAGAGCCCAGCCCCAGUGCAGGAAAAAAUAAUCACAGAGGAAGUGGUCAAGGUAGAGAAGGAUCCUGUUCUUGAGCAGUCCAGCACCAACCUGCGAAUUGAACUGGAUAACGAAAAGGCUCAAGUAUCGAGCCUGCAGAGGGAAUGUAAGAAACUUCAAUCCCAGAUUGAUGUUCUGCAAAAAACAAAGUCUCAGGAAAAAACCAUCUACAAGGAAGUAAUCAGAGUAGAAAAGGAUAGGGUGCUAGAAAAUGAGCGAGCUCGUCUCUGGGAUCUGCUAAGCAGAGAGAGAACAGCCCGGCAGAAUGCAGAAGAAGAUAUCAGGCGUCUCAAGGAGAAGAUUGAAAGAGCAGAAGGCAUGACGAGAACAUGGUCCAAAGAAGAAGCCGAUCUCCAAAGAACUCGCAAUCUGACAAGGCAAGAAAAAGACAAUCUUGAGAAUGAAUUAAACGAACUAGAAAGGCAGAAGCAACAGAAAAUCCUUUUCCUUAGAGAGCAGACCAAGCUCCUGAGCCAAAGGACAGAGAAUGACAGACAAAAGAAGAUGCAAAUUGGUCAAGAGCUUUCUUCCCUUGAAGCAGACAUACUUAGAGAGAAGGAUCAGAUCUAUGAAAAAGAGAGGGCUAUCCGGGAACUCCAAACCAGAGUUAACAAGGAAGAACUGAACCAUGAGACCCAGAUGAGAGAAACUAACCUCUCCACAAAGAUUUCUAUUCUGGACCCAGAGACUGGCAAGGAUAUGUCACCCUAUGAGGCAUAUAAGAGAGGCAUGAUAGAUCGAAGUCAAUAUAUUCAGCUGCAAGAACUAGAAUGUGAUUGGGAAGAAAUCACAACGCUGGGACCCAAAGGCGAUGUUUCUGUUCUCCUUGACAAGAAGAGUGGGAAGCAGUACUCCAUUGACGAUGCCCUGCGGUUUAGGAGAAUCACAAAGGAAGAAUACCAGCUCUACAGGGAAGGCAAGAUCCCCAUCUCUGAGUUUGCUCUGCUGGUAGCAGGAGAAACUAAGCAAAAUUCCUCCCUUUCUAUUGGUUCAAUCAUUUCCAAGUCUCCAGUUUCAUCCCCUGUUUUCCAGCAAAAGCAGAGCUUCUUCCCUCCUGGCGCGCAGAUAACCUUCUGUGAUGAUACCUUCCCCAUUGCCGGUGUGUAUGACACUACCUCCGACAACAAGUACAACAUAAAGUCUGCACUUAGCAAGAAGCUGGUGGACCCAAUGACUGCUCAAAAGCUUCUAGAGGCCCAAGCAGCUACUGGAGGCAUUGUUGAUCUUAUCUCACGUGAUCGAUACUCUGUCCACAAAGCCAUUGAUAGAGGGCUGAUAGACAACACCUACAUGCAAAGGCUGCUGAAUGCUCAGAAAGCUUUUACAGGGAUUGAAGAUCCAGUCACCAAGAGAAGGCUGUCUAUAGGAGAGGCAGUCCAGAAAGGGUGGAUGACCAAGGACAAUGCCUUCCCCUAUUUACAGGUCCAACAUCUGACUGGAGGGCUAAUAGAUCCCAAGAAAACUGGCCGUAUCCCAGUGCCAGAAGCUUCCCAGGCUGGCAUGCUUAGUAGUGAUCUGGCCAUGAUGCUACAAGAUGAAUCCAGCUAUGAAAAGGAUCUUGUUGACCCCAUCACCAAAGAGAAGAUUAAUUACAAGGAAGCCAUGGCUCGUUGCCGGAAAGAUCCUCAAAGUGGGCUCCUUCUCCUUCCAACCACAUCUGAUGGAUACCAGUCAUAUCAGUUCAGGCACUGA